CAUAAAGUUGCAUGUAUACUAAUCACCACCUCAGCCCAUCUCUCUCUCUUUCUUUCAAUAUUUUUUCGCCAUUGAAACAUCAUCAUCAAAUUCAAGUAAUCUCCAGAUUGCCCAAACCCAAAUCUGAUGUGAUCCGUUUUCAGAAAACGAAAAAAUAAAAACCCUUAGUUCAACUCCGAAAUCAUGAAUUUAUAAAACCAGAAAAAAAACGAAACACGAUUCGACUUGACACGCCGCCGUACCCAACGUAGCAUAUUUGUGUAGAGUUUCAAUUUUGUUUUGAGUGAGGGGAAAAAAAAAAGAGAAAUGCCGAGCGUAGCUGUGAAGCUAUACAGUGUAUUCUUCAAGUUCCUCCUGAAACACCGACUACAAAACCGGAUCCAAACCCCGUCCGAAGAAUCCAGCCCGUUUGGGGUCACGACCAGACCUGAAGAAUCUGUGGCCGCGUCCAAUCCUUCAUUCUCUGAUGGAGUUGCAACAAAGGAUAUCCAUAUCGAUCCUUUUACUUCUCUCUCGAUCCGGAUUUUUCUACCCGAAUCCGCUCUCCAUCCACCCGAACCCGAUUCCAAACUUCAAUCGAAAACUAAAGUCCGUUUGAACGUGGGGAAAGCCGAUCUGGAACAGAGCGAGUCGCUUUUACGGAGGAGCAGUUACGGCUCAUCGAAUGUGGGGACCACGACAACGAGACAGGAAGAGUAUCGGAGAAGCAGUUACGGUGGUCAUGGUAGUGACGUGGAGGCUUUGAAUUUGAAAUCCGACGCAUAUAGAGGGUACGCUCCGGUGGAUGUAAACCGGAGGAAAUUACCGAUAAUGUUACAGUUUCACGGGGGAGGGUGGGUGAGCGGGAGCAAUGAUUCCGUGGCAAACGAUUUUUUCUGUCGGCGGAUCUCGAGAUUGUGUGAUGUGAUUGUUGUGGCGGUUGGGUAUAGGUUGGCGCCAGAGAAUCGGUACCCGGCGGCGUUCGAGGAUGGGCUCAAAGUGUUGAAUUGGUUGGGGAAGCAAGCGAAUUUGGCGGAGUGUAGUAAGAGCAUGGGGAAUGUGCGUGGCGGUGUGGAGUCGAAGAAGGCGGACAGUAAUCGACAACAUAUUGUCGAUGCGUUUGGUGCGUCUAUGGUGGAGCCUUGGUUGGCUGCUCAUGGAGAUCCUUCAAGAUGCAUUCUACUUGGGGUGAGCUGUGGUGCAAACAUUGCUGACUAUGUGGCUCGGAAAGCUGUCGAGGCAGGAAGGCUUCUGGAUCCUGUCAAGGUCGUUGCACAGGUUUUGAUGUACCCUUUCUUCAUUGGAAGUGUUCCCACACAUUCUGAGAUAAAGUUGGCAAACUCCUACUUCUAUGACAAGGCUAUGUGCCUACUUGCAUGGAAACUUUUUCUUCCCGAGGAGGAGUUCAGCUUGGACCACCCAGCUGCUAACCCCCUAAUCCCAGAUCGAGGGCCGCCUUUGAAGCUCAUGCCCCCAACACUGACAGUAGUUGCUGAACAUGACUGGAUGAGAGAUAGGGCCAUCGCUUACUCAGAGGAGCUGCGGAAGACACUACCCUAUUUUUAUAAAUUGAAAACGACAAUUGAGUUGAUCCCAGCAAUGCAUAUUGUGAGUUGCGACCGCCUAGGGUGGACAGAUUUUGGCAGUGAGACAAGUUUUGUAAAUCCAAAGCUUAUCCAUCAAGAUAAACUUUGUAUCUGCAUGAAUUCUUAGUGCACUUUUGUAUCGCCCUAUGCUAUGUGAAAUCCCUGGGCAUAUGUUAGACAAAGCGUCAGCCUCACUUUGGUUCACAUCCUCUCUCAGAUUGGACCCAGGAACCAUGAAGAGGCUGAACAGGUGAGUUUUGCAAUGGAAGUGGCUUUGUUUCUUGGUUUCAUACUCAUUCAAGCCCUUGCCUUUUGACUAACAUGCCCCAAUAUUGGAAGCAUUUGAGGGAAGCGAGUUCGGGUUUGUGUGGUCAGCCGCGAGCCUAGCCAAUAGCCUUGGCCUCCACUGGCUGAGGUUGAUCAACCACCCCACGGCACAACUGGUUUUGCGAUUCAUGUGGACUACAGCCUUUUGUAGUUGGAGCAGAGAAUUUUGAAGCCUGCCAGCUACAUGGGGAAAGCCUUACAUGAUAUAUAGUUCCUGUACUAUCAAGCACCUAACGUGUGCUUGUCACUGCUUAAUAAAACAACUCCUCUCUUUGUUUUUACUA